AUGACCUGCAUCAUUAACAUGAAGAAAUCACAACUUCAUCCACCUUAUGUAAUCAAAACCAACCACACGCUCCAUUCUUCAAUCAUCAUCGUGUUAAUCCUUCAAGUAUCUUUAAUCUUCUUCGCCCUCGAUUCAUCCUGUGAAUCGUAUUACAGCAAGUGCGGUAUUCUGCAAGAACAGAGACGAAUCACAACAUCAAGAUUCAUUGAGGAUCGAGAUGGAAGACGCGAACAGAAGAAAAAGGUGAAGAUAAAAGAGAGGACCGAAAAUACCCGAUAUUAUCUUCAUCAAAGGUACAUGAAUAUUCCUCGCUUUUGGUCGUUCUUCAUACGAUUGUGGAGAGUGAGAAGAGAACAAUCGAAUCCCCGUGGAUUCGAAUGCUGA